AUGUCUUUUGCCGGUUUCCUUGAUAUAGCCCGGAAAGAUGUUGAUAUCCCAUCCAGCGCUCCCAAAGAAUUAUUACCGAAUGUUCAUGCGGAGUUCAUCACGAACUUUGAAAAGAAAAAGGACUUCUUAUCGAGUACAUUUAUGCGCAAGAACCUCUACGAUGAAGCGGGGAUCUACUGCCAGACGCUUUGGAUCACGAUGCAGUUGUUGAGUACAUCAGACAGUGCCAGCGAUCUGACGGUGGGUUUGCGCCUGCCACGCAUCCAUGACAGCCAUCUGCUCCACACCUUAAGCGCCGUGCAGAUCUUAAUAAUGUUUGACUCGUUGGAUAAAUUUGACUUGGAUGCCAUCGCUGAAUACGUACGGCAGUUGCAGAAUGAAGAUGGCAGUUUUGGUGGCGAUGUGUCAAAUGAAGUAGACACGCGGUUCUCCUUCUGUGCGGUCGCUACAUUGUUCCUCAUUGAUAGAAUGCAUGUAAUUGACCUCGAUAAGGCUGUACGGUACGUCUUGAGUUGCUACAAUUUCGACGGUGGUUUUGGCACACGGCCCGGAUCGGAGAGUCAUGCUGGACAG